AUGGACAGGCCCAACACAACCUCGACAGACUUCACCUUGGUGGGUUUGUUCGACAGCGGGGAGACCUCAGACCUGCUCUUUGUCGUGGUCUCCAUUGUCUUCCUUGCCGCACUGAUGGCCAAUGGCGUCAUGGUCUUCCUGAUCCACACGGACACCCAGCUGCACACGCCCAUGUACUUCCUCCUCAGCCACCUGUCGCUCAUCGACAUGAUGUACAUCUCCACCAUCGUGCCCAAAAUGUUGGUCAACUAUCUGCAGGGCCACGGCACCAUCUCCUUCGUGGGGUGCACCGCCCAGCACUUCCUCUACCUGACACUCGUGGGCGCCGAGUUUUUCCUGCUGGGCCUCAUGGCCUAUGACCGCUACGUGGCCAUCUGCAACCCGCUGCGGUACCCGGUGCUCAUGAGCCGCCGCGUCUGCUGGAUGAUCAUCGGGGGCUCCUGGUCUGGCGGGGCCCUGGACGGCUUCCUGCUCACCCCCAUCACCAUGAGCUUCCCCUUCUGCCGGUCUCGGGAGAUCAACCACUUCUUCUGUGAGGCGCCCGCAGUCCUGGAGCUGGUGUGCGCGGACACAGCCCUCUACCAGACCGUGAUGUAUGCCUGCUGCGUCCUGAUGCUGCUCAUCCCGUUCUCGGUGGUGAUCGCAUCCUACGCCCGGAUCCUGACCACCGUGUACCGCAUGAGCUCCGCGGAGGGCCGGAGGAAGGCCUUCGCCACCUGCUCGUCCCACAUGACGGUGGUGACGCUGUUCUACGGGGCCGCCAUGUACACCUACAUGCUGCCGCGCUCCUACCACACCCCGGCCCAGGACAGAGUGCUCUCCGCCUUCUACACCAUCCUCACCCCGCUGCUGAACCCCCUCAUCUACAGCCUGCGCAACAAGGACGUCUCGGGGGCCCUGCGGAGGGCGCUGGGCAGAGUGAAAGGCUCUCACCGAGUGGCAGGAGGUGGCCUCUAA